GAGCGGCGAGCGCGGCCCCGCGCUCCCCUUGCUCGGGCCCCGCGGGGCGGGGUUCGGCCAUGGUCCUCGGCCCCGGCCAUGGAUGAGGGCGGGUCCCGCCUCCGCCGGCGGGUGUCUGUCCGCAAAAGGGCCCGGCCGAGCCCAGGGGAGCCCCGGCAGGAGCGGGCGGAGGAGCCGGGGGCCGGGAGCCGGCGGAGGCGGACCGCGGAGGCGCAGCCGCUCCAGAGUAACGACAGCGACGAGGACAUGUUCGGCGACUAUGACAGCUUUGCCGAAAAUUCUUUUCUGGCUCACGUUGACGACGCGGGACGACAGUGUAUGCAGGAUUGUGAACGCGGAAAACACGCCGCAGGGCUCGGCACCGAAGGUCUUCGUGGGGAAGGCGGCGCCACUGCUGCGGGCGGCUUCGCGGAGUGGGAGACGGACGAGCCCGUGAGGAGCCGCAGCAGGCGUGAGGAUGCCUCUGCCCAGCGGGGCACUUUGGAGGACGUGCCUUCUUCACAGGCGCUCUACUUUGGAAACGUGGAGAACUCGCCCGCUGGUGUGGGCAACCAGCGUCCUGAAGAGAGGGGCUGGGAGGCAUCCUCUCUCGACACUCCGAAUGAGGAAUUCCCCCGGAAUAGCGUAGAACAGCACCAGCAACCUGAUGAUGCCUCUUCAGAAGUCAGAAGGGGAUCAGAAGAAAAUAGGAGAAAGAGCCUUAAAGAACAUCUAAAAAGUGCCAUGACUGGAAAUGCCAGGGCCCAAACACCAGUGUUUUCUAGAACUAAACAGCUCAAAGAGACUCUCCUAUCCGAAGAAAUUAGUGUUGCUAAGAAAACAAUGGAGUCAUCAUCAGAUGAUCUUGGUCCUUUUUAUUCAUUACCCAGCAAAGUGAGAGACCUUUAUGUUCAGUUCAAGGGAAUUGAAAAAUUAUAUGAAUGGCAACAUACUUGCUUAACAUUGAAUUCUGUGCAAGAAAGAAAAAACUUAAUCUAUUCCUUGCCAACGAGUGGUGGAAAAACCCUUGUGGCGGAAAUUUUAAUGCUGCAAGAGCUGCUUUGCCGGCGAAGAGAUGUUCUAAUGAUCCUACCGUAUGUGGCAAUUGUCCAAGAAAAGAUUUCAGGUUUGUCAAGUUUUGGUAUAGAACUGGGCUUCUUUGUUGAAGAAUAUGCUGGAAGCAAAGGAAAAUUUCCUCCAAUUAAAAGAAGGGAAAAAAAAUCUCUAUAUAUUGCCACUAUCGAAAAAGGACAUAGUCUGGUAAACUCCUUGAUUGAAACUGGAAGGAUUGGCAGUCUGGGUCUGGUUGUUGUAGAUGAGUUGCACAUGAUUGGUGAAGGGAGCCGUGGGGCUAUCCUGGAAAUGACCCUAGCAAAAAUCCUCUACACUAGCAAAACAACUCAGAUUAUUGGCAUGAGUGCAACACUGAACAAUGUUGAAGAUCUACAAGAGUUUCUUCAAGCGGAAUGUUACACCAGUCAGUUUAGACCAGUUGAAUUAAAAGAAUAUUUGAAAAUAAACGAUGCCAUAUAUGAGGUUGACAACAAAGCUGAGAACGGCAUGACUUUCUCACGUCUCCUUAAUUGUCAGUAUUCUGAUACUCUGAAAAAGAUGGAUCCCGAUCACUUGGUGGCAUUGGUGACAGAAGUCAUUCCCAAUUAUUCCUGCUUAGUUUUUUGUCCCACUAAGAAGAACUGUGAAAACGUAGCAGAAAUGAUAUGCAAAUUUUUAAGCAAGGAGUAUCUGAAACACAGGGAGAAAGAAAAACAUGAGCUGAUUAAGAACUUGAAGAGUAUCAGCGGUGGCAACGUGUGCCCCAUCUUAAAGCGCACCAUCCCCUUUGGCGUCGCUUACCACCACAGCGGUUUAACGAGCGACGAAAAGAGGCUCCUGGAGGAGGCGUAUUCCACGGGAGCUCUGUGCCUCUUCACCUGCACGUCCACCCUGGCGGCAGGUGUGAAUCUGCCAGCUCGAAGAGUUAUUUUAAGAGCUCCCUAUGUUGCAAAGGAGUUUUUAAAGAGGAGUCAGUAUAAGCAGAUGAUUGGCAGAGCUGGCCGUGCCGGAAUAGACUCUGUCGGGGAGAGUGUCCUUAUACUGCAGGAAAAAGACAAGCAGCAGGUAUCAGAGUUAAUAAGCAGACCAUUGGAAAAUUGUUAUAGCCAUCUUGUUCAAGAAUUCACCAAGGGAAUCCAAACUUUGUUUCUCUCUUUGAUUGGUUUGAAGAUCGCAACAAAUCUUGAUGACAUAUGUCACUUUAUGGGUGGUACAUUGUUUGGUGUUCAGCAAAAGAUUUUGUUGAAAGAAAAAAGUCUGCGGGAAAUAACUGUUGAAUGGCUUAGAUACCUGACAGAAAAAGGACUUCUCCAGAAAGACGUUGUUGAUAAGCCCAAAGACGAGAGCUUUCAUAUUACAAAACUGGGACGAGCUUCUUUUAAGGGAACUAUAGAUUUGGCUUAUUGUGACAUUCUCUACAGAGAUUUGAAGAAAGGUCUCGAAGGUCUUGUGCUUGAAAGCCUUCUUCACCUAAUUUACCUAACAACUCCCUAUGAUAUGGCUUCUCAGUGUGUCCCUGACUGGAUGAUAUACUUCAGGCAGUUUAGCCAGCUCAGUCCAGCAGAACAAAACGUAGCUGCUCUUCUUGGAGUCUCUGAAAACUUUAUUGGGAAGAAAGCAUCAGGUCAAGCUAUAAAAAAGAAGGUGGACAAGGACAUUGUCAACAGACUAUACCUGUCUUUUGUUCUUUAUACCCUGCUCAAAGAGACCAACAUCUGGAGUGUGUCUGAAAAAUUUAAUAUGCCUCGAGGCUAUAUACAAAGUCUUCUUGCCGGAGCUGCCUCAUUCUCCUCUUGUGUGCUGCAUUUCUGUGAGGAACUUGAGGAGUUUUGGGUUUAUAGAGCCCUAUUGGUAGAACUUACCAAGAAGUUGACUUACUGUGUCAAGGCAGAGCUAAUUCCUCUCAUGGAAGUGACUGGUGUUUUAGAGGGUCGAGCAAAACAGUUAUACAACGCAGGCUAUAAAAGUCUGAUUCACUUAGCUAAUGCAAAUCCUGAAGUGCUCAUAAGGACAGUUGAUCAUUUAUCAAGACGCCAGGCCAAGCAAAUUGUUUCAUCAGCAAAGAUGCUGUUGCACGAGAAAGCAGAGGCUUUACAAGAGGAAGUGGAAGAGUUAUUGAGGCUGCCUUCUGAUUUCCCCAGUGUUGAGGCCUCUUCCACUGAAAAGGCAUGAAGCUGUCUGAUGAGCAUUUUCAAAUAGUAAUGAUUUAUUGUGCAUAUUUUUACUGAAGAUUCCUUAUAAUUUAUCAAUGAAAAAAAUACAUCUUAAUUAUACAUGAAGAACUGUGGAUGAUGUUUGAAUAUACUCUUCACCUUCCCAUUAAUAAUCCAUCUUCUUUGACACUUGGACUUGAUUUCUCUGCUCUCAUGUUAGUGUCUAGCACCACAAUGAAAUCCAACUACUUCCACUUAUCUCCAGCCUCAUUUGCAGCCAGACCUUGUAUUAUUCUCUUACACAUUUUUUCAUCAAACUAGACGAAAUUGAAAUUGAAAUCCCAGAAAUACCCCCAGAAGGGAUUUCCAGACCCUUCAUUUCCUAAUUGUUUGGGGGUUUUUUUUUGCUACCCCCAGUGCAUGAAAAGUUAUCUUUAAGAUGUACUGUGUGGGUGCGCAUGGGUGGUCUAGCUGAUUGGUCAUCCACCUCUUGGUUUGGCUCAGGUCAUAAGCCUAAGCCCCACAUCAGCCUCCAUAUUCAGUGUGGAAUCUGCUUGAGAUU